UAAUGCCGUUGGCUCAUCAGUGCUCUGUAAUAGAUCACUCAUUCAGCUUGGAAAUGCGUCUAGCAGCACUAUUAUCUGUGCUUGGUUUUUGCCUGGCUUACGUCGCAGCAGCCAAUUCGUUCGAAGAUCAUCAUGCACCGUAUGGCUUCUAUCAUCCGUAUUACUUUCAUCCGUACUAUUCUCCGAAUCGUGUACGUAUCGAUGCACUGCGCACUUUAGCGCUAGGAAUGGGAGGUGGGUUCACGGCGGCUCUUCCCAGGCCGUCGGUAACGAUGAUUAGGAUUGUGACGACGACAGUCACUUGCUCAUUGUCAGUCACCAACAAGUGCGCCGCUCGUCAAGCAUCAGAGAUGCCGUCAGAAAUACUCGAAGAACCCGCAAGACCCGGGCGACCGGCAGUCGCUUCUACUAGUGACAGAUAUGAAGAAGUAGACGAUACCACUGAACAGUUUCCUAUUGCUCCGUCUACCGUUCAAGAAGUUGAGGCUACGCAACUACCAGCCCGAGAGGCUCGAGCUGCUGACCCGCAGUGGUUGAUUCCUCCAAAAUUCGACUAUCGAGCCCAUGAGAUCGAGCCUGCUUUCCACAGCGAUCCGUACAAUCUUCCUGUUGUUGUGCCGUUCAACAGACGAUAUUACGUGCCUGCUCAACAACGUCAGUUUGGAUUCAUAACAAACCUCUUCACUAUAACGAAGAUGGGGACUUCCUUUACUGUCAAGACUUCCACUUUGGUCCCGUCCUGCUCUGCGGCUGGAAAACUUCCCCAAUGUCCAAAUGGCCAAUAACGCGACCCGCAAAUUGAAAUAAGCGGAAAAAAUUUUACUUUAUCGAUUUAAUAGCAAUUAUUAAUAUAUGUAUUUGGUACUUUGAUUGCAACUGAUGAUAUAAACUUUUUAAAAUC